GCCAGCACCUAGCAGAGCCUCUGCUGCCGCCACAGCACCUCGAGCGCAGCCCGCGGCUGACCGAAGCGCGUCACCGGUCAGGGACUCCCAGGCCACCGGCCGCUCUCGGACGCCACACUGUGUCCUCCUGGCCUGGUCCUGCUGGAGGAGUGACCCCCGAGGAGUCUCUGGGCACCCCCCAGCCUCCUUCUAUGAGUCCAUCUGGAUCUGCCCAGCCGUGGGGACAAGCUCCAGGGGGCUGCUGGGGUCUCUGAGCGGUGGCAGCAGCCGGCUCUCCGGUCACCAUGGCGAGUGCCGGGAACUGAGGGACGGACCUCGGCAGGCGCACAGGGCAGAUGGACAACAAAGCCAUGUACCUGCAGGCCGCGAGCGAGCGCGACACCAGCUCCAUCUUCGAGGAGCCCUUUGACGGCAGGAGCCUGUCCAAGCUGAACCUGUGUGAUGACGGACCGUGCCACCGACGCAGGGCGGGCGGCUGCUGCUCCCAGCUGGGCUCGCUGUCGGCCCUGAAGCAUGCUGUCCUCGGCCUCUACCUGCUGGUCUUCCUGAUCCUCGUGGGCAUCUUCAUCUUGGCAGUGUCCAGGCCCCGGAGCGCCCCCGACGACCUGAAGGCCCUGACUCGGAACGUGAACCGGCUGAACGAGAGCCUCCGGGACUUGCAGCUGCGGCUGCUGCAGGCUCCGCUGCAGGCGGACCUGGCGGAGCAAGUGUGGAAGGCGCAGGACGUGCUGCAGAACCAGUCGGACGCGCUGCUGGCGCUGGCGGGCGCGGUGCAGCGGCUGGAGGGCGCGCUGUGGGGGCUGCUGGCCGGCGUGGGCGGCGCGCUGCGCGGCCUCAACCUCAGCCUGUCCUACGACGUGGCGCUGCAGGGCACGCGGCUGCAGGACCUGCAGGUGCUGGUGAGCAACGCCAGCGAGGACGCGCGCCGCCUGCGGCUGGUGCACCUGGGGCUGGAGCGGCAGCUCAGGCAGGAGCUGGCCGUGCUCAACACCGUCACCGAGGACCUGCGCCUCAAGGACUGGGAGCACUCCAUCGCGCUGCGGAACCUCUCGCUGGCCACAGGACCUCCGGGCCCCAAAGGUGAUCAGGGGGAUGAAGGCAAGGAAGGCGAACCUGGCAUCCCUGGGUUGCCUGGACUUCGAGGUCUGCCGGGCGAGAGAGGAACCCCAGGACUGCCUGGCCCCAAGGGCGAUGACGGGAAGCUGGGCGCCAUGGGCCCGAUGGGCUUGCGCGGGUUCAAAGGUGACCGAGGUCCCAAAGGAGAGAAAGGAGAGAGAGGAGAUCGGCCAGGAGAUGCCAGUGGCGUGGAGGCCGUGCUGAUCCGGCUGGUGAACGGCUCGGGCCCCCACGAGGGCCGCGUGGAGGUGUUCCACGACCGGCGCUGGGGCACCGUGUGUGACGACGGCUGGGACAAGAAGGACGGCGACGUGGCCUGCCGCAUGCUGGGCUUCCGUGGCGCCGAGCAGGUGUACCGCACGGCGCACUUCGGGCAAGGCACCGGCAGGAUCUGGAUGGAUGAUGUCGCCUGCCGGGGCACAGAAGACACCAUCUUCCGCUGCAGCUUCUCCAAAUGGGGGGUGUCGAACUGCGGCCACGCCGAGGAUGCGGGGGUGACCUGCAGCCAGCACUGACAGGGCCCUGCACUCCAGGCAGGGCCGUCGCUUGGGUCACCCUGACCAGUCUGCCUCGCCAGCAGCCCCCCACCCCGUGACAGCGUGUUGUCCUUGUCCUCGUGGACAUCGCCACAGUGCCUCUCUGCACCCACUCCCUGCCUCUCCCUCCCUGGGGACCCCGCCCACGUGGGUCCUGCUGCCCGCUGGCCCCUUGCCCCGCCUUCUAACCCCCAGCCCCGGGCCGUCCACUCCACAGGAAUGCUGGCAAGAUGUGGAAGAGGGGAGAGUAGCAGAGGGUCCCCUGCAGGUAAUCCCCAGACCUGCAGGCCCAGAGUCCAGACUCUCUCCAGCCACCACGACACCCAGCGACUCCGUUUCCCUCUUUGCUCGGACUCUGCCCCCAGGCGUGACCUAGUUUGCAGACAUGACCUAGAGGAGAGGCCCUGAGGAGCAAGAGGCAAACGCAGGGGCCGACGGCGGCGUGGAGGGCGGGCGACUGCGUGUGCGGCCCACUGUGCUGCCCGGGGGGCCCGGCCCCAGGAGGCACUGCCCACUGCCCAGCCUGCAAGUCAGAAGACUGAGAACAACCGACCACCGUGUCCACCUUCACAUGCCUCUGCAGGCAGCGUGGGGUGACACGUGGCUGACUGAGCUACAAACCCCAGGACGCUCGGGUGUGAGCGCAGACGCGGCUUGUUCCCAGGGCGCCCACGCGCACAGCUGACUUGCAGGGCGGCACGGGGUUGUCCAGACUAAGUGAAGACCAACACUCAGCGCUGGCAUCAGAGUUUAAAGUCAAGUCCUCUGCAUUGUCUGGCGGGCCUCUUUGGGUGUGAGUCUGGGGUCAAGUGAACGUGUGUCUGUGGCUCCUUCUGAGGCGGCAGGAAAUGGGUCCCCUGUCCGCUCUGGGGCAGGGAGGGAACAAGAAUCUGCACAUCCUCACCCCGUGCCCUCCCAGGGAGGUCAUGUUCUGCUUCUGGCAGGAGGAAGGGGCCACGCCAGGUCACGUGCCCCAGCACUGGGGCUGCAUGGAGCGAGGGUGCCCAGACCCAUGUCACUGGGGGAGCCAGAGCCUGGCCAGACCCCGGAUCGUACUCCCCUCUCAAGCGGGGUGAGCGCCAGCUGGCCUGGGCCCCCACGGCAGACCCACAAAGGCCCUAACUAGCACUAGCUGUUGGUCGUGGUUUGCUCACAGUGUACAAAUGCUCAUCACCGCCCUCGUGACCAGAGACGCGCCUUCUGCCAUCGCUCAGUAGGUAACACGCAUGGCCCGGGGCCUCUCCAGGGCCGCUAACGCGCUUAUAGACAGAGCACUCUCGCCACGAGCUCAGCCACCAAGUUUGCACGAAAAGAAGAAAAGACUGCAGGUGGAGAGAUAUCCCCCUGAAUGAAAUCCAUUCCCCAGGUGGUCCUGGAAAACACCCACUUAGCCCAACGAGGAGCACCCACGUAAGGUGGUCUUUGGGGAGCAAAACAAAAGUUGUUUUAUAUCAAAUAAAUACAACAGCGAUCCGUAUUUGGACCUUUAAAGUCUACUGGUUUACAAUCCUACUUAAGAGGGCAUGGAAAUAACCAUGGACCUGUAUUUCAGGGACUAAACGAUAUUAGGCCUGGCCUAAAAUACAUCAGGCCUUUUUGUAAGAAAAAAAUUCAAUAAAGCUGAAAACAUGUCACUGAG